CUACAUACGCUGGUGCAGUUUCUUCACUACGUACCACUGUGCUGAUCUUGGAUAGUCUGACAGACGUAGCAGUAAGAUGGAGGAGCUGGACGAGAAUCAGCUGAGAAAUGAGGUGGAGAGUCGCAAACAGCAGCUGGAGUUUCCGAGAGAGAAAACCUCAGUGACCAUUCCCGACCUGAUCAAAUGGAUCGAAGAGAAAAUGCCCGAGGAUCCGAUUAUGAACGCCGACUUGCUGAAGACCAACCCGUGGGUGGAGUCUGGAAAAUGUGUGGUGCUCUAGUCCAGCAGCGGCAGCUCUUCAGAUGUGCUAUGUUUUUUGUUUAACGUGUAAUUAUUAAAAUGUGAACGACUAUCGACUGUCCAAAUUCUGCUCUGUAAAGCAACCCGGAGAGAAAUAAAGAUGCUGAUCAUUCAAGAAUAUUUAUUUAGAUAG